AUGCUCAGAUGCCCUUUUACGGUUCGCGACUGAAAUCUGUCAGCUCAGCGGAGCGUAGAUUCCCCUAAUACCUUCAAAUAUUUCUCUGUAUUUCCUUCCUCUGGUCAGCGCUGGAGAUUUAAAUCUAACCUCAGGUGUCGUCUGAUUUGGAUUCCUACUUUUCGACGUCUGUAGCCGAAGGAAACAGCAAAGAAUGACGAGCAGUUCAAAGCGGAAAGAAGAAAGUCAUCUGCUGAAUGGGGGUGUAAAACAGUCCACAUGGAGCAAAGCCCUCAGCAGUAAUGCUGUUUGGGAAGAGAAGGAUGAAUUUUUAGAUGUGAUUUACUGGCUUCGACAAAUUAUUGCAGUUAUCCUUGGCGUGAUAUGGGGUGUUGCGCCGUUGAAAGGAUUUCUGGGAAUAGCCAUAUUCUGCAUCAUCAAUGCUGGCGUCCUGUAUGUAUACUUCAGCAGCUUUCAGCAGAUCGAUGAGGAAGAGUAUGGAGGCACGUGGGAGCUCACCAAAGAAGGCUUCAUGACGUCUUUCGCCCUGUUUCUGGUGGUGUGGAUAAUCUUUUACACAGCUCUACAUUUUGACUGAGAGGACUCCACAGGACACUAAAUACGAACAUUUCUGUUGAAGUAAAUUGUCAAGACACAAGAACUCCAUGGUUUUUGGGGGGUGGUGUCAGCGCUCCUACAUACAGUAUGACUUCUCAGUGUGCAGUGCAUCAUGGGAAUCCUAGUUCGAAAAACAAGAUCCAGCAAGAACACAGUUUUGAUGUUCAAAUAUUGAACAUCUGCCUAGUUCGAGGAUUCCUCUUUAAGGCACCUUCCAUUACACUUCCCAUGCGUUAGAUUUCCUUCCUCACUUCAUAUUCAUCAUUUCUGACAAAACACUAAAAAUACAGAAAGCGAAUAGUUUGGCUGACACCGGUUGCAGUUCUGUUGACAUUAGAACAGUAACUUGAUGUAAAACAGAAGAAGGAUUCUGUCUCUUGGUCAGCUUACUUUCUUCAGUUUUAGAAGAGUGACGGACAGAUUUAAGACCAUAAAGAAUAACAAGCAGUAUGGACAGUCAUCCCAUAUUUUUUUUCGCUUAUGAGCUGGUCACGCAAGUUACAGGAACAGGGCAAUAAAAACAGUGUCAUCAUCUGUUCGUUAGGGUUCAAUCAGUCCACGAAUGUGAAAUGCCACCUUUUAAUUUCGUGACAAAAUACGCCAUAUUGGAUGUACAGACCUACUGGUAAGGGAUUAAUAUUGUGGCUUCACUGUUAAAUCACCCUUUCAUUGCUAAAUUACAUUUGUGUUUUUUGAUAAAUAAGAGAAAUAUGUAGGUUACAGUAUGUAUGCGCCUAAGGUUUUAAGGUUGGAGUUGUUUGUCUUCAUGGAAAAUUAAAAUGUGAUUCAGAGCUUCA